GAAGCACCGGGAGAAGCAGCACCGGGAGAAGCAGCACCGGGAGGAGCACCGGGAGGAGCAGCAGCACCGGCAGGCUCCGCUCGAUGCGGCGCUGAGCCCCCGCGGCCCCGCGGAGCCAUGGCCAUGGUGGCCGGCGCUUGGGGCGAACCGAACGGCGGCGGAGCCGGUGGCACCGGAGGCGGCGGCGGCGGCGGAGCGGAGGAGGCGGCGUCCCCCGGCGGCGGCGGCAGCGACGCGGAGCACGGCGAGGAGGAGCGGCCCGGGGCCGGCGCGGACUGCGUGGUGUGCGGGGACAAAUCCAGCGGGAAGCACUACGGCGUGUUCACCUGCGAGGGCUGCAAGAGCUUCUUCAAGCGCAGCAUCCGCAGGAACCUCAGCUACACCUGCAGAUCCAACCGGGACUGCCAGAUCGACCAACACCACCGGAACCAGUGCCAGUACUGCCGCCUCAAGAAGUGCUUCCGCGUGGGCAUGAGGAAGGAAGCCGUCCAGCGGGGCCGAAUCCCCCCGAGCCACUCCAGCAGCAGCCCCAACCCCCUCCCGGCCGGCGACUUCUUCAACGGGCAGCCGGUGUCGGAGCUGAUCUCGCAGCUGCUGCGCGCCGAGCCCUACCCGGCGGCGCGCUACGGCUCGCAGUACGCGCAGCAGCAGCAGCCGCCGGGCAGCGUCAUGGGCAUCGACAACAUCUGCGAGCUGGCCGCCCGCCUGCUCUUCAGCACCGUGGAGUGGGCGCGCAACAUCCCCUUCUUCCCGGAGCUGCCCGUGUCCGACCAGGUGGCCCUGCUGCGGCUGAGCUGGAGCGAGCUCUUCGUGCUCAACGCGGCGCAGUCGGCGCUGCCGCUGCACAUGGCGCCGCUGCUGGCGGCCGCCGGCUUCCACGCCUCGCCCAUGUCGGCCGAGAGGGUGGUGGCCUUCAUGGAUCAGAUCCGAGUCUUCCAGGAGCAGGUGGAGAAGCUCAACCGGCUGCAGGUGGACUCGGCCGAGUACAGCUGCCUCAAGGCCAUCGCGCUCUUCACGCCCGACGCCUGCGGGCUGUCGGACCCGGCGCACGUGGAGACGCUGCAGGAGAAGGCGCAGGUGGCGCUGACGGAGUACGAGCGCUCCCAGUUCCCGUCGCAGCCGCAGCGCUUCGGGCGCCUGCUGCUGCGGCUGCCCGCGCUGCGCGCCGUGCCCGCCGCCCUCAUCUCGCAGCUCUUCUUCAUGCGCCUGGUGGGCAAGACGCCCAUCGAGACCCUGAUCCGCGACAUGCUGCUGUCCGGCAGCACCUUCAACUGGCCCUACGGCGCCGGGCAGUAGGGACGGACGGACGGACGGACGGACGGCGGGAUGGACGGAUGGACGGAUGGAUGGACGGAUGGAUGGAUGGAUGGACAGAUGGAUGGACGGCGCGAUGGAUGGAUGGACGGCGGGAUGAGCCGGAGAACGGGACGGGCCAGAGAACAGGACGGGCCAGAGAACAGGAUGGGCCGGACAAUGGGACAGGCCGGACAAUGGGACAGGCUGGACAAUGGGACAGGCUGGACAGUGGGACAGGCUGGACAGUGGGACGGACUGACAGUGGGAUGGAUGGAUGGACAGCAGGACAGGCUGGAGAAUGGGAUGGGCCAAACAACGGGACAGGCCAGAAAAUGGGACAGGCUGGACAAUGGAGCGAGCCAGAGAACGGGACAGACGGACAGCAGGACAGGCCAGACAAUGGGACGGGACAGACAAUGGGAUGGGCUGGACAACGGGACAGGCCGGAAGAUGGGACAGGCUGGGACAAUGGGAUGGGCCAGAGACAGGACAGACGGACAGCAGGACAGGCCAGACAAUGGGACGGGAUGGACAAUGGGACAGGCUGGACAGCGGGACCAACAGACAACAGGACGGGCUGGACGACAGGACAGACAGACAGUGGGACAGGCCGGAGAACAGGACGGGCCAGACAGCGGGACGGACAGACAGCGGGACAGCCUGGGCAGCAGGACAGACAGACAGUGGGAUGGGCUGGAUAACGAGACAGACGGACAAGGGGACGGACGCUCCCCGGGAAGGGGAUUGGGAUUCUCCACAACGCCGGCGGCUCCCGGUCCCGCCGGAACGGGGACGCGCCCUCGCGGGUUGUGCCUGGAGAGUUGUGGGGUUGGCACCAAAGGUUUUGGGGUCCUGGUGUUGUCCCGAAAGGUUCUGGGAUCCUGGCGUUGUCACCGGAAUUUGUGGAGUUCCAGCAUUGGCCCAAAACAUUUUGGGGUCCUGGCGUCGUCACAGGAAUUUGUGGAGUCACGGCAUUGUCCCCAAAAGUUUUGUGGUCUUGAGAUUGUCCCCAAAAGAGGUCCCAGUGUUGUCCCAAAAAGUUUUGGGGUCCUGGUGUUGCUCCAAAAUGUUUUGGGGUCCUAGUGUUGUUCCCAAAAGAGGCCCCAAUGUUGUCCUCAAAUUGUCCCUGAAAGUUUUGGGGUCCUGGCAUUGUCUCCAAGAGUUUUGGAGUCCUGGCGUUGUGACCAAAGGUUUUGGGGUCCUGAGGUUGUCCCCAGAAGAGGUCCCAAUGUUGUCCCCAAAGGUUUUGGGGUACUGGUGUUGUCCCCAGAAGAGGUCCCAAUGUUGUCCCCAAAGGUUUUGGGGUCCUGCUGUUGUCCCCAAAAGAGGUCCCAAUGUUGUCCUCAAAUUGUCCCUGAAAGUUUUGGGGUCCUGAUGUUUUCCCCAAAAGUUUUGGGGUCCUGGCGUUGUCACCAAAGGUUUUGGGGUCCUGAGGUUGUCCCCAUAAGUUUUGGGGUCUGGGUGUUGUCCCCAAAAGAGCUCCCAAUGUUGUCCCCAAAAGUUUUGGGAUCCUGGCGUUGUCCCCAGAGUGGCCCUAAAGAUGGAGGGGACACACAAGGGACAGAGACCCCCCCCAGCUGGCACCAGGAUGAGCCAGGAUUUCAGGAUUUGGGAUUUCAGGAUUUGGGAUUUUGGGAUUCCGGGACCACUCCCAGCCGAUGGAAUCCUCGCUCGCCAUAUAAACUCAUUAAUUAACGCCAAUUAAAGACCUUUCCUACAA